AUGAUUUCGACAGAGAAGAAAGCAGAUCCGCCGCCGGUGGGGAGUUCUAAACAGACCUACGCAGCGGUGAUUCAGAAAAAUCAGAGUUUGAAGAAGUUCGAUUUUGCGAUUUCAGAAGCAGAUGGGAAACAAUCGAUUGAGGUUCCGACGGAGAUUAUUGAGAAGGGGAGUCCGCUCUGGGAAGAUUUCGUGAUUGCUAGCAUUUUGGAAACGGCACCGCAUGUAGCAAAGGUUCAUGUGAUUUUGAAUAAGAUCUGGGCGUUUGGUGAUAGAUCUCUGAAUCUGGAUGUGUAUGAAGUGGAUUCAACAACAAUGCGAGUCCGUAUUCCAAACAAGCUUGUGCGUGAAAGAGUUUUAAGAAGAGGGAUGUGGAAUAUUGCAGGGGUUCCUAUGGUGGUGUCUAAAUGGGAUCCUAAAGAAGAUGACUCAAAAACGAAGCUUCUAACAUUGUGGGUGCAUCUCACAAACGUCCCUAUGACCAUGAAAUUAUGGGAUAGACUAAGCUUUAUCACCAGUGCUGUAGGAAUGCCAGAUCGAUUGCAUCCGGAAACGAUUGCUUGCACAGACUUUGAAGAGGCGAAAGUGUUUAUCAAAGCGGACAUGUCUAAGGAACUUCCGAAGGAGAUGACUUACAACAUUCAGGGUGAGGAAGUUACUGUUACGUUCUACUACCCAUGGCUACCUCCGAAAUGCACAACUUGUGGGAAAUGGGGACACUACAAGCAGUUGUGUAGUCAGAAGAAGGAGGAACAGUUGGAGACGCAGAGAGAUGGUGUAGAAAACAAGGAGGAUGGUUCUGAUUCUGUAGAGAUACAAGGUAAAGGAGGUAUGGAUGAGCAACAGGAGAGCUGUGUAGGGAAUGAGGAAGAGAAUAAUGAGGUUGAAGAAGGUCAAAUUGUAGAAGGAUGGAAAGAAGUAACUCCAGAAAAAUCAAGUCGAAGUGCUAAGAGUUUGCAGUGUAAGCCGUUACACAUAGUUACAAUGUCUAGAUUUGCUGCUCUGGGUAACUCAAAGGAGGAUGAAGGGGAGGAUGUUCAGGAAAAAGAUGAGAAUUUUGAGGAAUCGGAUAAAGAGAUAGAAGAAGAUAGUAGUGAGGAGGACAAAUCUGAGAUGGAAGAAGUAGAAGAAAGGCAGGGAAGGGAAAUUCUACCUCGACAAUCAAAGCUGAAACACAAGGUUCUAACGGUUGCUUCGAAUCAUGCUAAGGGUAAAGACCCUGGCAAGAAAAGAGAUGUUCGAAUGACGCCAGUUUAUAAAAGUGGGCAGAUGAUCACUUGUUCAGUGCUUCUGCAAGGAGAAUCUGAAGAAUUUUUCUGCUCUUUCAUCUACGCUUUGAAUACGGUGGAAGAGAGGAAAGAGUUGUGGGUAGAUAUGCGUAAUCACAAUGAAGCUCUGAUGUUCAAGAAUAAAAAGUGGAUGAUUCUGGGAGACUAUAACGAGAUUUUGGAUGGAAGUAGGCAUUCUGCUUUUGAGAGUUCACCAAGAUUACCAAUGGGUAUGCGAGACUUUCAGGAGGUGGUAAGGGAUUGCAAGUUGAAUGAUAUGGGGUACCAAGGUCCGCAAUUUACUUGGUGUAAUAAAAGAGAGGAGGGUUUGAUUUGCAAAAAGCUGGAUAGAGUGCUCAUCAAUGAAGAAUGGUUGCUAAAUACACAAGCUUAUAGUGUUUUUGAGCCGGGAGGAUGUUCAGAUCAUUUACGUUGUCGAGUGCAUUUGAAAAAGGAAGAGAGGAAGAAAAGAAAACCAUUCAAGUUCACAAAUGCAAUAGCUGGAAUGCCUGAGUUUGAAGAGUUGUUAGUAGAGCACUGGAGAUAUCGAGAGAAAUUGUUCCACUCUACCUCAGCCAUGUUCAUGCUUACUAAAUGGCUUAAGGAUCUUAAGCAACCUUUGAGAUUUUUGAGUAAACUAAAGCUAGGAGAUUUGCCAAGGAAAACGAAGGAAGCUUAUCAGGUUCUUUGUGCAAAGCAACAAGAGACUUUGGAUAAUCCUUCACAAGAUAGAAUUCAUGAUGAGUUGCAAGCUUAUGAGAAGUGGAAGGGGGCAGCUGAUUUGGAGGAAGAUUUCUUGAAACAAAGAUCAAAGAUGCACUGGUUAGAUGUGGGGGAUGGGAAUAACAAAUAUUUUCAUAGCUGGGUAAAGAUUCGAGAGGUUAGGAACCCGAUUCAUGAAAUUCUUUGUGCUGAUGGUUCUUUAGCCACAACAGAGGAGGAUAUAAAAAGAGAGACUGAGCGCUACUUCACGGAUUUUAUGACCUUUCACCCACUGGGGUAUGAAGGAGCUGAGGUUGAUAAUCUUCGAGAGUUGCUGGGAUUUCAGUGUAGUGAGAAGGAUUGUAUAAUGCUGGAGAAGGAAGUUACUAAGGAAGAAAUAAAAGGGGUUAUAUUCAAGAUGGCAGACAGUAAAGCUCCGGGGCCAGAUGGGUUUACUUCGGAAUUUUUCAAGAAGUCUUGGCAGGUUAUAGGUGAUGAUGUGACCGUGGCUGUUCAAUCUUUCUUCUUGAAAGGGUUUCUUCCUAAGGGAGUGAAUUCUACAAUCCUUGCUUUGAUUCCAAAGAAAGAAGAAGCCAAGGAGAUGAAAGACUAUCGAUCCAUCUCGUGCUGCAAUGUCUUGUAUAAGGUAAUAUCAAAGCUUCUGGCGAACAGAUUGAAGAGUAUUUUGCCAAAAUUCAUAGCAGUUAAUCAGUCGGCGUUUAUUAAAGAACGGCUUGUAAUGGAGAAUGUGUUGCUGGCUACAGAAUUGAGCACUGAAAGAGAAAAAAACGGGGCGAUAUUGAAGGCGAUAAAAAAGACGAUCUCGAGGGUUCCGAUUACCGCUGUCACCGGACAGUAG